UUCCUGCCAUCUCGGAGAGUAAAGUAAACGCGUCCUCCUCCUCCUCCGCCCCCACGUAUAAAUUCCGCGUCAACCCGGGGCUCGCGCCGAGAUCGAUCGGCCGAGCCAGAUACACCGAUCCGAUCGAUGCCCGCGCAGAGAUUGCCUUGCCGUGCCCGUGACCGUGACAGCCUCGGCCUCCGAUCCCUCCUCGUCGCCGAUGCCGCGGGCUACGGCCGCGGCCGCGUCGUGACGCGGACGAUCGUCGCGGUUCACCAGGAGACGACGACGAGCUGCAAGGGGGAUCAGUGCAACGGCUGCAGUGAUGAUGAUGAGGAGGAGGACGUCCACGACGGCGAGGACGGGUGCUGGGUGGCGUACGGGCGCCGGGGGAUGAUGCGCCGGCUGCCGCCGCCGCUCCCGUCGCUCCGGGGCGCGAUGAGGCGGACGUGCACCAAAGACGGGAGGCUCGUGGUCACCGAAGCGCCCGCCGGCGCCAGGCGGCGUCACGAGUACAUCCGCGCGCGCCGCCGGGGCGGGCGCGUGACAAUGCAGCUCGUCGAGAGCAAGGACUUCUACCCGUGUCCGUCGCCGGUGGAAGAGGACGACGACGACGACGACAUUGUCAAUGUCACGCAAGCGGUCAGCGACACGUCGACAGCGGCGGCAACCGUAGGAGAAUGCGAUCCUGGCCACAUGCAGAAGGCGCCGGCGACGGCGCCACCUCCGCCAUCGCCGCCAUCCAUUGGAUGCUUCGAGGACGUGGUCAAGUACCACUCGAUCGGGAGCACCUCACUGCAUCAGAUCGUUAGGCUAAGAAUGGUGCACUGAGAUAUAAACAAGUAGGAUAAUUUUUGUAGUUAAAUUUGUACGCGUAGGGCACGACACGUUGUAAAUGUACAUAGUACACCAAAUAUCUGCCAUUAGCUAUACAAACCAUAAAGAUUUACACACAGCCAACAAAGAUUUGUUUGGUCCAUGUGUAUAAAUGCAGGUUGAUUAGUCCCAUGAUGGGACUACCUAUACAUUUGUCGACAAAUUUUUCUCCAAAAAUUUGAUAGAUGUAAUUAUAGU